AUGGAAGGAGCCAAACUCCAAGUUUCGUCAGAAAACUCAAAAACAACUAAACGUGCUGCGCCGCGGUCCAUUUCCCAGUUCAGAAUCGGCCCUCCUUUUGGUCCUACUACUUCUCUUACGCCUAUUACUACUCUGCAUGGCAUAAUUGUCCAGCCAGUCAUAACUGCCAGAUGUGACCGUGGCUUCGAUAUGGAGGGAAACGAAUGGAUUGGAUAUAAACGCAAUUACUUUGCAUUGGUGGCGUCUUUUCGUUUUCUUGACCAGUCCAUUGAUCUCUGUGCCCUGGAAUCGUUCUUUGUAGCUGAUGCUCUUGGUGAGAGACAUAAGGUUAGAUGUUUCAAGUUAGGUCUUUUUGAUUAUAGCAUUGAUACGGGUGAAUGUGGGAAGUUUCUCUUACAACACACAUCUAAGCGUGAUAAGGGGCCACAGUUCGUGCCGCCAAUCUAUAAUGCUGUGCCUGGAGCUCUUCCUCUGCAUGGGUUCAUGAAGCUGAUUGCAAAUAUCAGAAACAUGAGCAGAAUCCAUGAAUGUCAUAGGCAGUUUUUUCUAGGCCAAAAUGAGCGGUAUAAUUUCGAUGGCUCUCCUAUGGGCGUCAUGGCGUCUUACCCUGAAGAUGUACCCAUUGCUCGUGUUGCACGGUACGAACGGAUCCAGUUCCUGACUGUGAGCAAGAAGUUUGUGCUUGGCAGCCACAGAAUGUUUAAACUUGUGAUUCGGUUGAUUUGUGAGUUGGAGAAUGGUAGUAGUAUGGUCCUUGCAUAUUCGGAAACACCGCCAUUGAAUAUCAGGGGCCGUUCGCCCAUGAAUUACACCAACGAGGAAGUCAAACUGGCUAAUAAGGAGAACAUGAACAUCGCCAAGCAAGCAUUGAAGCAGAAAAAGAUCCCGAUUUGUCCCCAGAUUGGACAGAUCAGCGCCGGUUCUUGGGUAAAGACCCAGGAGAAGAAGCGUCCUCUGCCAGUAAAGAGUCUGCCUAUGAACGUCAAGUCAGCGAUGAACAUCAGUUCAAUGUUGUCGUCGCCUGUAGACUGUCUGACACCUCAAAAGCAGUACUUUGUUACACUUAAGCUCAAAAAGCAGAAAGAAAAGCCUUCAAAGCCUCACAGGUCGUUCAACGUUACACUUAAACUUCCUGCCAGCGCCAUGACAAGCAUGCCCACCACGCCAAGAGAAACACUCGACGACCUUUCUGGAAUUCUCGACUCUCAUCGCCCUUCUCGCUCAUGUAUUGACCCAGAAAUCCAGGACCAAGGCGACUUGAUAUUGAAAGCCUUGACGGAGUACCAGAAGACCCAAGCUGAACUAUAUGAGCUUGACCCUUCACAAAACCACGAUCUUGACCUCCCUAUCCCAUUAGCCAUGUUGCCCAUGUCUUCAACUUCAAACACAACGAAAUCUUCCAGAGAUAACACUUUCUUCAGGCUGCCUCCAGCUUCUAUGGGUGAGCCUCAGAAAUUAUGCAAGCAUGGCUGCAAAAGGAAGAGCAAAACGUCCAGAACUGGCGCAAGCGACACCUAUAAUGGGAUAAUUCCAGCUCAUGGGGUUCAGCUGGAGUCUACGUCGUUUUUCGAAGACCACUCAGAUUCCAGUCUUCUAAGGUUCCGUGAUCUGCUUUCCAGGAUCAAGGCUGAUAUAGUACCUGUGGUACCUUCACCAGGCGCACUGUCACCAUUGACCAACUUCACUACUUCCUCGUUCGAUAUGCCCCUCUGGUAG